AUGGCCUCCACGAGAACGACAGCAGCAAGGCGAGUCGCCCAAACGGCGCAGCACCUCCGCCCCUACAGCGCUCUUGCCUCGACCGCGACCUCGUUUCCCCAAACACACGACAAGAUCACCCGACCCGAGGACACACCCUGGUUCAUCGACAAUGAAUUCCGGCCCUCGCAAGCAGAAUCCUGGAUUGAUCUCCACGACCCCGCGACCAACAAUCUCGUGACGCGGGUGCCACAAUCGACGGAUGCCGAGCUCAAAGCCGCCGUCGCCAGCGCGCAAAAGGCCUUUCCGAAAUGGAGGAAUACGAGCGUCCUGGCGAGGCAGCAGGUCAUGUUUAAAUUCGUGGGGCUGGUUCGGGAGAAUUGGGAUAGGUUGGCGGCCAGCAUUACCUUGGAACAAGGAAAGACUUUUGCGGAUGCGAAGGGGGAUGUGUUGAGGGGGUUGCAGGUUGCUGAGGCGGCGUGCGCGGCGCCAGAGUUUAUGAAGGGGGAGCUGCUGGAGGUGGCGAGAGAUAUGGAGACCCGGACGUAUCGGGAGCCGUUGGGGGUUGUGGCUGCCAUUUGUCCUUUCAACUUCCCGGCUAUGAUCCCGUUGUGGUGUAUCCCGAUUGCGACUGUGACAGGUAACACGCUGAUCCUGAAGCCGUCCGAGAGAGACCCCGGUGCGGCUAUGAUUCUGGCUGAGCUGGCCAAGAAGGCAGGGUUCCCAGACGGCGUUGUCAAUGUUGUUCACGGUGCUCACAAGACGGUUGAUUUCAUUCUCGACGCGCCCGAGAUCAAAGCCGUCAGCUUCGUGGGUGGCAACAAGGCGGGCGAGUAUAUCUUCUCCAGGGGCUCUGCCAACGGCAAACGGGUGCAAGCCAACCUGGGAGCCAAGAAUCACGCCGCCGUCCUGCCGGAUUGCAACAAGAAUCACUUCAUCAACUCGGUUGUCGGCGCCGCCUUCGGUGCUGCAGGCCAGCGAUGUAUGGCCCUCAGCACGGUGGUCAUGGUGGGCGAAACCAAAGAAUGGCUUCCCGAACUGGCCGCCAGCGCCCAAAACCUUCAAGUCAACGGCGGCUUCGAGCAGGGCGCUGACCUAGGCCCCGUCAUCUCGCCCCAAAGUAAGGAGCGGAUUGAGAGUCUGAUCGCCAGCGCCGAAAAGGAGGGCGCCACCAUCCUCCUCGACGGCCGCGGCUUCAAGCCCGAGAAGUACCCUAACGGCAACUGGGUCGGCCCCACCAUCAUCACCAACGUGACACCCCAAAUGAAGUGCUACACGGAGGAGAUCUUCGGCCCUGUGCUGGUAUGCCUCAACGUCGACACCCUGGAUGAGGCCAUCGAGCUCAUCAACAAGAACGAGUACGGCAACGGGACGGCCAUUUUCACCCGCUCGGGUCCCACGGCUGAGGCGUUCCGAAGGAACAUCGAGGCCGGACAGGUCGGGAUUAAUGUUCCUAUUCCCGUACCCUUGCCCAUGUUUUCGUUCACGGGGAAUAAGAAGAGUAUUGCGGGGGGUGGGGCGAAUACGUUUUAUGGUCGGCCGGGGGUUAAUUUUUACACCCAGCUCAAGACGGUUACGGCGAUGUGGGCCAGUGCGGAUGCGAUUUCGAAGAAGGCGGACGUCGCGAUGCCUACGCAGAGUUAG